AUGAGUCUAUGGGGGAACGCUGCAGGAGAGAGAAGAGCCGGAGCAGCGCUGAAACCUUUCAAGUGGGAGCAAAGCUUCCUAAGAGUUGCUAAACUGCUGCUGUCCAUGGUGCUGAUGCUGCUGGCGCCACCUACGGCCUGCGCUCAGAACGACACAGAACCUAUCGUACUGGAAGGGAAGUGCCUGGUGGUCUGUGAUUCUAACCCGUCUUCAGAUGGAGCCAUCACGUCGUCUUUGGGCAUUUCGGUGCGCUCUGGAAGUGCCAAAGUGGCCUUUUCGGCUAUUAGGAACACCAACCACGAGCCCUCUGAGAUGAGCAACCGUACCAUGACUAUCUAUUUCGAUCAGGUGUUAGUAAAUAUUGGAAACCAUUUUGAUCUUGCCUCCAGUGCAUUUGUAGCACCCAGGAAAGGAAUCUACAGUUUCAGUUUUCACGUGGUCAAAGUGUACAACAGACAGACGAUCCAGGUAAGUCUAAUGCAAAACAACUACCCAGUAAUUUCUGCCUUUGCUGGAGAUCAGGAUGUUACCAGAGAAGCAGCCAGUAAUGGGGUCUUGCUGCAUAUGGAAAGAGCUGAUAAGGUGCACCUAAGACUGGACAGGGGCAACCUCAUGGGAGGAUGGAAAUAUUCAACCUUCUCUGGCUUUUUAGUUUUUCCAUUAUAA